CAUGUGAUAUGCUGAGUUGCAUAGCACAGACAACCCGAAGAUUUGCCUUGUUGACAGUUUCCUUCCUUCUUCCGCACAUGCGACAGACAGACAGCACCGCGAGCGAGCCAAACAAAUAAAUCCAGUGGAGUAGUAUCUCACCCUCAGUCUGGCUUGACCAAGGACCAGACAACAAGGGAACAGGUUUGCUAUGAAAGCGGAAUUCAAAGCUAUCAUGCCUGUAUUAGUCGCCGUCGCCCUCCUAUUGGUUUUGAGUUGUUCUCAUGGUUUCGCCUUGAAAUCACACCUUUUCAGGCGUAGAGUGCCUGCUCCCUCAGGCGUUAUGAUCAAUUAUAAAACCUACUACAUUGACCAAAAGAUCGACCAUUUUGGAUUCCUGGAAAAUGGCACUUUCAAGCAGAGAUAUUUGGUUGCAGACCUGCAUUGGCAGACAGAUGGCGGUCCCAUCCUCUUCUAUACAGGCAAUGAAGGAGACAUCACCUGGUUCUGUAACAACACUGGAUUUAUGUGGGAUGUGGCUGAAGAGCUGGGUGCCAUGUUGGUUUUCGCUGAGCACCGGUACUAUGGAGAAUCUAUGCCAUUUGGGGCUGAGUCUUACAGUGAUGCAAAGCAUCUGAACUACCUGAGCUCAGAACAGGCACUGGCAGACUUUGCUGUGCUCAUAAAGUAUCUGAAGGCCAGCUGGACAGGUUGUCAGAGCAGCGCGGUGGUUGCUGUCGGAGGCUCGUAUGGGGGCAUGCUAGCUGCCUGGUUCAGGAUGAAGUAUCCACAUGUUGUGGCUGGUGCUCUGGCUGCCUCAGCUCCCAUCUGGCAGUUCCCGGACAUGGUGCCCUGUGGCGUCUUCUACAAAAUAGUCUCUGAUGAUUUUGCUAAGAGUGGAGUGAACUGCCAUGCCAACAUCAGGAGGUCGUGGAAGGCUAUCGACAAAGCAUCCUCCACAGAUGAGGGGCUCCUGUGGCUCUCCAGAGAGUUCAGUCUCUGUGCUCCGCUUAAGAAGGGUGAUGGCCUGAAGAGCUGGCUACAGGAGACGUGGGUGAACUUGGCAAUGGUGGACUACCCGUACGAAGCCAACUUCCUGCAGCCCCUACCAGCCUGGCCUAUAAAGGUGGUUUGUGAGCAUCUCCGAUUCAGCCCUGAGGUGCCUGAGCAGGAGCUUCUCCAAGGCAUCGCCCAGGCAGCUAAGGUCUACUACAACUACACCGGCGACGCCACCUGCCUCAACAUCUCCCAGUCCGCCACCGGCAAUCUGGGCAUGAUGGGCUGGUUCUACCAGGCCUGUACAGAGAUGGUGAUGCCUAUGUGCUCAGAUGGUGUACAGGACAUGUUUGAGCCACAAAAGUGGGACUUCCAGGCCUUCUCGGAUGAAUGCUAUGCCAUGUUUGGAGUGAGGCCGCGACCCGAUUGGGCAGAGGUCGUCUACGGAGGGAAAGACAUCACCUCCCACAGCAACAUCAUCUUCAGUAACGGGGGUUUGGACCCCUGGUCCGGAGGCGGCGUGACGCAGAACCUCUCGGACUCGCUGGUGGCCGUGUGGAUCCCGGAUGGAGCGCACCACCUGGACCUGCGCAACAACAACGAGUACGACCCGAGCUCUGUGCUGGCCGCCCGGCGGCAGGAGGUGGCCCUCAUCAAGCAGUGGGUCAAGCAGUGGGCUGUACACACCCACGGCCAAGUAUGACCAGAUGUUCUGGUGUUGAAGUCCAGACCCAGCCUUCCGUGGUUCUGACCGAAGAAAACAGGUCAUCGUUUUCCAACGGUCAUAUGUUUACUUGACACUGAGGCAGCUUAAAACCUCUUCACUAAUGCAGCUUAAAACCUUUUUUUUUUUUUUUAAAUCUAUGCGAUACAAUCAGGAACUGAACCAAAAAAAAGGGAUCCGGUUUGAAGUUUUUUUCUGAAUUGCAAAACAAUGAUAUAAUUCUCUAGCUUGCUUGGACAGGAGGGUAAAUUAAAUAAUGAAACGAAUGCUUUAAGUGGACAUUUGGAUUAUUUGCUAUGAUGAACAGUAUUAUUGGCAUGUUGUUUGCCUGUGCCUUAAGUAGAUUAUAAUAAUGAUUACAUGUAUCCAGAUGGCUUAACUGAAAAUAGAAAAUGAUGAAAAUGACCCAUUUGCAUCCAUAUUGAGGGCAAAGGUCUGAAUCGGUUUCUUUUUACCCAAUGGUAUAAUUAUCAGGUAUUAUGAAGCCUUUUUCUAGAUACAUUUCUGAACAUAAUGCCAUUCAUAGCCAGCUGUUUCUGUCAAUUAAAAGGCUAUUUCCAUCCAUACUGUGUAAUAAUCAGUGCCUACAUUAGGCUAAGAUGUGAUGUAAGUACUGAAGGGAAUUUCAGGAAGAACUUUGUCAUCAAACCAAAUGUAAAACAUCUUCAGUACGAAAGGGCUGCAUCCAAUUAAUAUAUAAAAUGUUUGAAACAAUCUUUAUUGAAUUGUAACUAACAGUAACAGCUACUUUUGUGCUUCCCUUUGUACACACUGCACUCUGGCCAGAGGAUUUUAAAGUGUUUUAAGGGCUGGACCCAAAUGUCACAUAGCCAGGUUAUGUGGUACACACAGGCUAUUUUAAACCAGUGCUUUAGACCUUUUCAUUGAGUUAGUUAAUGACUGUCAUUUGGGGUGAUCUCUUAGUGACGUAAUAUCGCAAAAUGUCAAGGAGUGACUAACUUUGUGUCAUUGUUGCUGGAUAAAAAGCUGCCUAUUUUUACCCCUA